AUGCGUAUUUUCACAUCUAUCUAUCUAUCUAUCUAUCUAUCUAUCUAUCUAUCUAUCUAUCUAUCUAUCUAUCUCGCUCUCUCUGUCUCUUUCUCUCUCUCUCUAUAUGUUAAUAUGCUAUCUACACAUUGCAUCUCUGACUUUUUAUAUGUAUGUCUGUAUCUAUCUAUCUAUCUAUCAUCUCUCUCUCUUCUCUCUCUUCUCUCUAUCUAUCUAUCUAUCUAUCUAUCUAUCUCUUCCAUUCGUUAUCUAUCUAUUCAUCUAUCUAUCUCGCUCUCUCUGUCUCUUUUCUCUAUAUAUGUUAAUAUGCUAUCUACACAUUGCAUCUCUGACUUUUUAUAUGUAUGUCUGUAUCUAUCUAUCUAUCUAUCUAUCUCUCUCUCUAUCUAUCUAUCUAUCUAUCUAUCUAUCUAUCUAUCUAUCUAUCUAUCUAUCUCGUUCCAUUCGUUAUCUAUCUAUCUAUCUAUCUAUCUAUCUAUCUAUCUAUCUCUGGCUCUCUCUGUCUCUUUUCUCUCUCUCUCUCUCUCUGCAUUUUAUAUCUGUCUACAAAUCUAUCUAUCUAUCUAUCUAUCUAUCUAUCUCUCUCUUUUAAAAAUAUGUUUUCAUAUCUAUCUAUCUAUCUAUCUAUCUAUGUCGAUUUCUAUCUAUCUAUCUAUCUAUCUAUCUUUCUCGGGCUUUUUGUAUGUAAGUUUUUAUAUCUAUCUAUCGGUCCAUCUAUCUCAGACAUGUUAUAUCUAUCAGUCUACAAAUCUAUCUAUCUAUCUAUCUCUGACUUUUAAAGAUAUGUAUGUUUUCAUAUCUAUCUAUCUAUCUAUCUAUCUAUCUAUCUAUCUAUCUAUCUAUGUCGAUUUCUAUCUAUCUAUCUUUCUCGGGCUUUUUGUAUGUAAGUUUUUAUAUCUAUCUAUCGGUCCAUCUAUCUCAGACAUGUUAUAUCUAUCAGUCUACAAAUCUAUCUAUCUAUCUCUGACUUUUUAUAAAUAUGUAUGUAUGUAUGUAUGUAUGUAUCUAUCUAUCUAUCUAUCUCAGCCCGUUUAUCUAUCUAUCUCAGGUUUUCAUAUCUAUCUAUAUUUCUCGGGACUUUAUUUUCUCUCUCUCUUUUCUUCUUCUUCUUCUUUUAAAAUCCUUCCUCUUGCUUCAUCCUUCUGUAUUGUAUUCCAUCUAACAAAUUCCUUCUCCUUGAAACAUCUUCGACUUUUCUCUUCUUCUUCUUCUUCUUCUUUUAAAAUUCUUCCUCUUGUAACAUCUUUCUUUCUUUCUUUCUUUCUUUCUUCUUCUUCUCUCAUCUUCGCUUCUUCCUUCUGCAUCGUAUUCAACCUAACAACUUCUUAUUACUUCUCCUUCUUCCGCCGAGGCGAGCGCCCUCUGCCCAGUAGACCAACGCAAGCCGCUCCUGCUGCAUUAAUAUCUCAAGAAACGAAACGAAAUGAAACAAAAAUAAGCCGUCAGCCAGCGAUAGAACUUAAGAAACUGCAGCAGGGGGGAGGCGGCCUCCGACUCGGUUUUGUAAAAGCGUCUUUAGCGACCGUGCGAGAGAAGGCCUGGCUCCUUUUACUCUCCUCUCUCUGUGGCCGCUUAAGACCUGGAAUAAAAGUAACCUACGUAUGUUUAUUUCCUACCCCCUAUUUUCUCUCUCUCUCUCUCUCUCUCUCUCUCUUAGAUUUUCUACCUGCCAACCGCCGACCCCCACCCCUCAAAGCGCUUGGCUUUGUAACUACGUUCAAAAGAAGCAACACGUUCUUUUCAAAGAUUGCAUACAGAGAAAGACAAGACCGAAAUUUCACGGCCUCGGGGAAGAUUGCAUUACACAGAUCUUCCUAA